CCCAGAAGGUAGCAGCAGCAGCACACGACUGGGGGCAGCUAUCCCGUGACAAGCUCCCCUCCCGGAGGGCUCAUUAAGAGGAUGUGAUCUGGCUGGUGGCACCUCCGAGGUGUGCGGGCUGCUGCUGCUGCAGUGGGGAGGAUGGUGCGCUGUUUUCGGGAAGGGUCCCUGGUGAUCACAGGGGUGCUGCUGUGGUGGGAUCUCCUGCCCGGGUCCCAGGCCGGCUGGAGCUGCGGGGAUCUGCUGUGCGGAGAGAAGGAGGGCUGCUGUGUGUUCGGAAACGUGAGUCACACCGAGAUCAGAUGCUGCCAGCUGCCCUUCCACACUUUCCUGGACAAUGUGGGCUGGUUUGUCCGGAAGCUGUCCGGGCUGCUCAUCCUGCUGGUGCUGUUCGCCAUCGGCUACUUCCUGCAGCGUAUGAUCUGCCCCAGUCCCCGUAGGUAUACUCGGCGGCAGCAGCAGCGGGGACGCGACGGCCCGGGACUCCUCAACGAUACCAGCUCGCAGGACUCGCUCAUAGACAGCGUGCGGCGGCUUCCCGAGCACGAGCUCCGCGUCAUCUCAUCGCCGGUCUUCCUGCAGCUGCCGAGCUACGAGGAGGUGAAGUACCUCCCCACCUAUGAAGAGUCCAUGAGACCCGGGCAGGUCAUCUUGCCGGUAUCGCAGGUCCCCGUGUACACCGCAGAAGACGACGGGGGGCGAGGAUCCCAAACCCCCCACUGACACGAAAGGGACCGGGACCUCUGUGAUGAACAGCAUGCGGAGGU